CGUAUCCGUACGUCUUCGACGCUGCCACAACCACAACGACGAUGGACGAGGAGGAGUGGUCGAAGGAGCUGGAAGCGAACCGGAAGCCGGGGCAGAAGCACCCGACGCCGUCGCCGGGCUUUGCGGACCGCGUCUUCUACGAGAGCCUCCUGCGCCAGAACCCCGAGAGUAAGAUGGCCAAGAAGUGGUGCAUCGAGUACGGUGUGCUCGAGGCCGACGAAGCGGCCGCGCUCUGCAAGGCCAUGGGCAUCGCGUUCAAAGCGCCCAAGGAGCUCAAGAAGACGAGCGCCAAGUCGUCGUCGUCCAAGAAGAAGUCGAACGUCCUUGACGACGCCGUUGACGACAUUGGUCUGCACGCAGGCAGCCACAUGGAAGGCGUGGGCAUCGGCAACAUCUAAGGCCACGCUCUCUUGUAAUACAUAUCCUAUAUACCUCAUCUUGGGCUCUUGCG